AUGGGUGAACUGGGAUGGCUUACGGAACAAGAUACAGAAGAUUUUCUGGUGCUUGCAGCCACGAAUGGCCUUUUGACCUGUGAUGCUGUUAUUAGAAGGCUUCCACGCAGUAAAGCUGAUGUUCACAAACCCCAAGGGUUGGGCUUAGUGGUGAAUGCCUUUGCUUUUGACCAAGAGGAUAGUUUUGGAAGAUUGCAUGACAGAGGGAAGGAAGUCCCAAAGGCAACAAAACUUCUAACUAAGCUUUUCCCAAAUAAAGUAACCAUUCACAUGCCACAGGAUGAGGCCCUUCUAGUGUCUUGGAAGCAUCAGUUGGACCGUGAUUCCGAAACACUAAAAAUGAAGGGAAACCUCAAUCAUCUGCGCACUGUUCUUAGUCGGAGUGGGAUGGAAUGUGAAGGAUUUGAGACCUUGUGCAUCAAGGACCAAUCACUCACAAAUGAAAGUGCAGAAAAGGUGGUUGGAUGGGCUUUAAGCCACCAUCUAAUGCAGAACCCUGAAGCGGAUCCUGAUGCAAGACUUGUGUUAUCGUGUGAGAGCAUCCAGUAUGGGAUUGAAAUCCUACAUGCUAUCCAGAAUGAAUCUAAGAGCUUGAAGAAGUCACUUAAGGAUGUUGUAACGGAAAAUGAAUUUGAGAAAAGGCUUUUAUCUGAUGUAAUUCCGCCUAGUGACAUUGGAGUUACAUUUGAAGAUAUUGGAGCUCUUGAGAAUGUCAAGGAUACAUUGAAGGAGUUGGUGAUGCUUCCUUUACAAAGGCCGGAAUUAUUCUGCAAGGGGCAAUUGACUAAGUUAUGUGCUUUUAUAUUUGAUGGUGAUGAUGUCUGUAUUCUUUCACUGGCCUUGAUGUCCUCUCAAGAGAUUCUAUUUCCGGAACUCUUUGUACCUUGUAAGGGCAUACUUCUGUUUGGACCUCCCGGAACUGGGAAGACCAUGCUUGCAAAGGCUGUUGCAACUGAAGCUGGUGCAAACUUCAUUAACAUCUCGAUGUCAAGCAUCACAUCAAAGGUCAAUGGUUUGGUGAGGGUGAGAAGUAUGUGCAAGCAUUUUCUCUCUCGCAGUAAAAUUGCUCCUAGUGUCGUAUUUGUUGAUGAGGUUGACAGCAUGUUGGGCCGAAGAGAAAAUCCAGGAGAGCAUGAGGCCAUGCGUAAGAUGAAAAAUGAAUUUAUGGUGAACUGGGAUGGCUUCGGACAAAAGAUACAGAAAGAAUGCUCCAAACAGAGCAAGAUAUUAAUAAGUACUGGCAAAGAGGAUUUGUCUCCUGAUGUUGAUUUUGAUGCAGUUGCAAGCAUGACAGAUGGGUACUCUGGAAGUGACCUUAAGAAUCUCUGUGUAACUGCUGCUCACCACCGCCAAUAA